AUGAAAUUUUGGACGGCAAUAGGACUCGCUCUUGCUGAUCCAAGAAGACGAUCUGCUGAUGAGGUCAGAGGAGAAAUCGCGCCAUUUGGACCCCUCGGAGGGCAGCCUAUUUACGCUCAAGUCGUCCUUGAUUACCUUAGCACCCUUGUAGCGGAAGGGCAAGUAGAAGGACCUUAUGGUCCCCUUAUUUUUGACGAAAAUACACUGAGUUGUGCUUCUUCCGCAAUGGGAACAUCGAAUUUCGCUAAUACAGCCCUGACUGCUGGAAACGCCAGAUCGCAAGUUUACCAAUCCCUUAUGGGCGAUCUCUACUUGAAAGGUGCUUGGGCGCCGGCAGAUGCAAUCGACGCAGCUCUGAAGCGAGACGAGUGGAUCCACGGGGGAGCAUUUGUCCUUGAAACAUUGAUAGCCGCCAAAGACCUUAUGGAACAAUUCGAUGCUUUCGACAGCGAAUUAUUCAACAAUUGGAACCUUGACGCUCUCAAAUGGAGCUUCACAGGACUUUUUUAUGAUGAGCUAUCAGAGGACUACUUCGCGGAAAUCGUUGACGGAAGCGGAAUAGAAAAUUUCAGUAGUAUGAUGAACAACUUAGUUUACGAGGAAGUCAAAGAGUACAGUACCGAACUGACUGACUGUCUCGAAUCAACGAUAAUUCAAGAAUCAAUUUGGAACUGCCCCGAUGCUGCUCAUCAGUUCAUUUGCCCUGGUGGAUGUGUUGAAGCAGGCUGCGAGCUAGAAACCGUACAAUACGACCGUUGUUUAAUUUGGGCGCAUCCAUGGACGAUCAACCCGCUUCUCGGAGUCUGGGCAGCUCAGUGGUGGAAAGACUAUCUAAGAAUACUGUUCAUCAACGAUACUCCUGGCUUCACGAAUGAGCUUUGGGAUCAUCUCCGUGGAAAAGGCGCCCUUGCAAUUGUCGCAACAAGCGAGCUAACUGGCGGCUAUUCCGGGGAACAAUUUGCCAGUCAAUUCGUUGAUUGGUUUGCUGCCAACGAUCCGAAUAAUACCGCACUUGUGGAGAGCGCUGUUUAUUCCGGAAAAUACGAAGGUCUUGACUGGCUUCUCACUGCUGGCGCUGCAAUGAUUCCUUCCUUUGGUGCUGUAAACCGCGAUGGAAGCGAGACUGCGAUAAGUCAAAAUGGAUAUUGGGCGAUUAAGGAUAUGAUGGAGCUUUUCUAUUUUUUCGGCGAAUGGUGGGUGCUUGGACUCGAAUACAAUGACGGAAACGCAGACUAUACCAAUUUCAAUUUCCCGGAAUGGGAAGCUUGGGUUGAGUCUUCUUCAAACAGCUGGCAAGGCUUGGGAGAAAACUCUCAACAACUAAUCGAUCAGUUUGGAACAGAAGAGUUUUUCUACAGCAUUAGAAACGCUACUCACAAUAUUUACCCAGCAACCACAUCUUCAACAACGACAACAUCUUUUGAGGAGACUACCUGGACGACAACAACAAUACCGGUGACAACAACAUCAACAACAACAACAACAACAACAACAACAACGACAACGACAACGACAACGACAACGACAAAAUCUACAACCAGUUAG